AUAGACCAGAAUCUUGCUAGAGUGGUCCGUUCCCUGGAGUCGACGGGGGAGCUGGAUGAUCCUUUCAUACUAGCCAUGUCGGACGACGGCGCCGAGGGUCAGCUCGUUGAGGCGCUCCCAAUUAUGCGACAACGUCCACUAGUGGUUGUACGGAAAUUCCACAACAACGGUAUAGAUAAUAUCGGUAAGGCCAAUUCAUUUUUUUGGUACGGCCCCAGAUCAUAGAUGAGUAUGUGCAGCUACUGCCCCCUCGCAGAGGAUACAAGGCUUGGACAACAGAAGGGGGGAUCCGCUGUCCCUACUGUCAUUAGAUAUCCGAAGUUCCAAAGGAGUUUAGGCUCCUUUCCGCACAAAAUCUGUACAGUGAUGGACGCCCUGGCUGAUUUAUUGGACCUGGCGCAGCUUGCUCACCCAGGGACAUCGUCCCGUGGCGCAGAGAUUGUCACUCCCCUUGGCAGAUCCCCGGCAUCGUAU